AUGAGUCCUGUUGUAACUAUUCAUCAAAUUAUGGGUAACAACACAGAUGCGCAGGUGCGAAGGAAGUUGGAGCCUGGAACUACAAGCUGCUGGCGUCGGUUCCGAAACAGAGUCUGCGGGGCUCUUGGCCUGCCAAUCAAGCGUGGGCCAACCAAGCCCACUGAUUGGUUUUUGAAUAAGUUCUCCGCUGAAGAGUUCUAUGCUAAUGACGAACCGGAGGAGAACUGCGGCCCUAGUUGGCUAUGCUGCUGGAAGCGUUCCGUGGAUCCUACCCAUUCAGUGCACUACCACUGGCUUGCUGUUGUGUCCCUUGCCGUUCUCUAUAAUAUGGUUUUCGUGAUUGGCCGAGCUGUGUUCUGGGAGCUUGACAAGGCUUCCACUUCCUGGUUCGCGCUUGACUACCUCUGCGACGCUAUUUAUUUGAUUGACACCACUAUUCACAUGCACGAAGGCUAUUUAGAACAAGGGAUUAUGGUAAGGGACGCCAGGAUGCUACGCCAGAAUUACAUGAAGUCCGAUUGGUGGCCAUAUGAUUUCAUUUCUUUAAUUCCAACUGACAUCGCUUAUUAUUGGUGGCCGCCGGGAAAUUGUGACUUUGAUCGUUUGCCGUGCCCUGUUAUUGUCCGACUCAAUCGUUUGUUUCGACUGCCCCGCAUGUGGGAGUGGUUCGAUCGUACCGAGACCGCCACAAGCUUUCCGAAUGCCUUCAGAAUUUGCAAGGUCGUCAUGGCUAUUUUAGUACUUAUUCAUUGGAAUGCAUGUCUUUUUUUUGCUAUCAGUUAUGCAAUUGGGUUCGGAACAGAUAAUUGGGUAUACAAUAUAACAGGCUCGCGCAAUGAAACUUUGGCUCAUCAAUAUAUUUAUAGUUUUUAUUGGUCAACUUUGACCCUCACCACUAUCGGUGAAACACCCCAACCCGAAAUUGAUGUCGAAUACAUUUUUGUCGUCUUAGACUUUUUGGCGGGAGUGUUAAUUUUCGCAACAAUCGUUGGUAAUAUUGGAUCGAUGAUUUCAAAUAUGAACGUUGCUAGAGUUGAAUUUCAAAACAAAAUGGAUGGAGUAAAACAAUAUAUGGCGUUUAGAAAGGUCAGCGGUGAAUUAGAGGCGAGAGUGAUCAGAUGGUUUGCUUACACAUGGGCCGAAAGUGGGGCAUUGGACGAGGAGCACGUUUUGGCGUCCCUGCCCGAUAAACUGAAGGCCGAAAUAGCGAUUCGUGUACAUCUGGAUACAUUACGGGAAGUUGAGAUUUUCAAAGAUUGCGAGCCGGGAUUAUUGGAGGCACUUGUUCUAAAACUGAAACUUCAAGUGUUUAGUCCAGGUGAUUACAUCUGCCGGAAGGGUGACGUGGGUGCGGGAUCUGUAUUUGGAGAAGUUAGUGUUCUGGAUAUAGCUGGAAAUCGAACUGGAAAUAGGCGAACAGCCAACGUUCGUGCUCUUGGAUACUCUGAUCUAUUUUGUCUUGCUAAACGCGAUUUAUGGGAAGCUCUGGCAGACUACCCAGAAGCCAGAGCCACUCUGACUAAGCGAGGUUGUCAGUUAUUACAAAAGGAUGGCUUGUUAGAUGAAACUGUUUUUGAAAGUGCAAAAACAACUCAGCUCAGCUUAGAAGAACAUGUGCGUAAAUUGGAAUCAACUGUUGAUCUUUUAAAUAAUCGCUUACAAGGACUAUUAGCGGAUGUAGGACAAGAACAAGCUAAGCUGAAACAACGAAUUACCAAAAUAUAUAUUUAUAUAUAUUAA